AUGCAGUCUGGUUUAGGUUAGGUUUAGGUUAUUUUGGUUAAUUUGAUGAAAACUUCAAUUUCCUGUGCAUAGAAAAUGCAGUCUGGUGUUGCGUGACAAUCAUUUACCAAGGAUAAUAUUUUUUUAAAAAUAAAUUUAAAAUAUUUGAAAAAAGAAAACGAAGAAUAAUACCAUAAAGGUCGUAAAUUUAUAUAGUUGUAAUAACAAACGAUUACGAUAAAAGUGAAGAAAUUUUCGUACUCGCAUUCCUUCUCCUAUCGUCGGUGAUUAAUCCUUUCGGUUUCCUUGUUCUUUUAAUCCUUAUUCUUUUCGGACUCGAUGAUAUUGAAACGAUAUUUUGCAGGGUAUAAUGAUCGAUAUCAGCGAAUUGUGAAUUUCCAGGUAUGCUAGCUGGCUCGUACAUGUGGGGUUGUUACGCGGCCAUCAAAGGGCGAAGGAUGUCGCUGCUGGUCGCGCUGUUUCUACACGGCAUCUCCGAGUUGCUGGCCUCGUUGGUGCCGUUUUAUUGGGUCUUUCUGUUCUUGAAAUUUCUAAGCGGCGCAGCUAUGAAUGGACAGUCGGCCGUUGUUUUUCUAUAUUUGGGCGAGUUUCAACCGACGAAAUAUCGGGAUAAGAUGCUCUCGUGGAUGGAAAUGGCUUGGGUGCUAGGGAUGAUCAUUCUAGCAGGUGUCGGUUGGAUCGUCAUUCCACUGGACGUGAGCAUCGAGAAGGACGAUUUUUUCUUCCACUCGUGGAACCUCUUCGUCUUCAUAUGCUCGCUGCCAGCCUUGUUGACUGGAGCGUGGCUGUUGUUCUUCCCCGAGACGCCGAAAUACCUCGCGGAAACCGGCAACAACGUUCAGAUGUUGGACGUUUUGAUGAGAAUGUACUCGGAGAACAGUGGCGAACCACCGAAAGAGUAUAUAAACAUCGAACGAUCGAGUUGCCACAAUAAAGUAAGAAAUGAUUGCAACAAUAUUCCAAACGGAAUAGAUGCAGAAAAGAGAAAGGAAGCAACGAAUUUGAUUCACACGAAGCUGCGCAACUGCGAGAACAACAAUUUAAACGACCUGGUGCACCGGAUAAUGCAUACCAAAGAGAAGGAGGACGCGAGCGACAAGUCCUUCCAGCUGAUGAUAACAGACAUAUACACGAAAACCGUGAUGAUACUGAAGCCACCGUUUCUUUGUAGAACGAUCGUUGUCUGUCUGAUCGCUUGUUUCGUCACGUCCUCUUAUUACACACUGACGUUAUGGCUGCCGGAACUUUUCAACAGAUACGCGGAAUUCCAAGAGGCGUAUCCCAAUCAAACGGCUAGCGUUUGCACGUUGAAGAGUGCCAGAAACGUCACGCAAAUGGUGAGCGAUACGUUGGAGGACCCGUUCGGCUGCAAUUCCAGAGUACAAACUAGCGUGUUCGUGCACACAUUUAUUUUGGGCGCUUCGUGCAUCCCGACGGGAUUGAUAUUGCCAUUACUCGUCAACUACGUUGGAUAUAAAUUUUUCCUCGUGAUAACAGCUUUCAUUCCUGCUGUCGUGACGGCUUGCCUCUUCCUGGUACAAACGUCUACGCAAAACUUGAUACUCUCGUGUGCCUACGAAUCUGUCACUUCCGUUUGCCUGAGCGUCGUUUAUUGCCUUUUGGUCGAUCUCUAUCCGACGCAUUUGAGAGCGAUGGCGUCUGGCUUGUCCGCCUUCAUCAGUAGAAUAGGCGCCAUUAGCGGUACUCUGAUGAUCGGAUACCUGAUCGACGAUUAUUGCACAUUGGUGAUCGUCAUUGUGGCCGCUCAGUUAUUCCGUACGUAUUCAAAUCUUGAGUGCUCUUGGCACUACUCUGAAUUGGAUCUAGAGCAGAGCAGUUAG